UUGGAAAUAAGUUUUGGAAAGGACCUGUCUGCAAUUUCGAGCGUUAUAGGAGGGGCUAGCUCCUAAAUCUCUCGUUCCCCAUUUUCGCUUGAAGACGGUGACGGCUGGCGGCGAGGAUGGCGGCGGCGCGGGGACAGAAGGCACUGGCGGCGCUGCCGCAUCUGGUGAAGACGCUGCGCAGUAGCGAGCCUGUCUCGAACGCCCUGAGGCUCAGGCACCUCCCGUCUCUCAGGAGGACCUUCUCUCUCUAUGAUCAGAUCAACCUCAUCGACAGCGUCCCCGAAGAUCAGCUCCGCUUCCAAUCAUAUGAUGAUACAGGAUUCAAGAUUAACAAUGUAAAGUAUGAGGGCAGUUUGUUGAUAGUAGAAAACAAGAUAAUGACGUGGACACCCAAAACAUUUGCGGAGAUAACAGCUGAAAGUUUGUCAAUCUUCAAAGUUGUGCACCCUAUCCCAGAGAUUUUGAUUCUUGGUUGUGGAAGAAACAUCCAACCUAUUAGUCCUGAGCUCCGCAAGUUUGUUCGGUCAACUGGGAUGAAGUUGGAAGCAGUUGAUUCGAGGAAUGCGGCUUCAACAUAUAACAUUCUGAAUGAAGAGGGCAGACCAGUCGCUAUUGCACUUCUUCCCUACGGAGUGGUUUCUUGAAACACGAUGGUUACCUUGUGCGGGUGAGCAGGCUAGCUGAUCAGGUGUCUUCUCCUUUCCAAGUCGGUACUCGAUAGAUCCAAGGAAUCAGCUGGAAAUUCUGUAACAUUAACCAGUGAUGUCGCCCUGUCCCUUUCUCUUCUCCAACUCCCUUUGGAGAGAUCACACCUUGGUUUUGUGAGUUAUUCUCUUGUAAUCGCGGACGAACAAGGUUUUUGACCUAGUAGUAUACAUCAGAAGUUCAGAAUAACGAGGCUGAAACAACUUGAUUG